AUAAACCGGUUCUCGUUUGAGAGUUUGAGUGUCUCAUUGUCAGACCUCCCAUGACCUUCGCCCUCCGCCGCUACGCUUAAUUCGAUACUCGCGUCCUCGCGACGCGUCGAAUGAUCGAAUUGUACCUCGCGUUUCGAUUCGCGCCACAACAUCUUCGACAACUCAGUCAACUCACCUGGAUGCGGUCACGCUCACGCAUUGCUUACGCACGUUUUUUCAGGUGACAGAUCCAAUUAAUAAGCGCGAUGGAGCGAAGAGCGAUGCUGGCUCGUGACGCAACACGGCGCGGUAUACCGUCGAGGAUCCGUCAUGUGAACCUGAUGUGAGCAUUGUGAGCGAUGUUUACUUGUGAAGAAAAACAAAGGUGGAGAAGAAAGCAAGAAAGUACCCCAGCCAAACAUGAAUCUCGCCGAUCGCGUUCUGGUGCUUUUGCUACUUAUUUCUACGGUCCUCGCGUUCGCACUGUGCGAACUCAUAACGCUCGGUGUAGUCGGUGCGUUAAGCGGUUUAAGUGGUUUAGGUUAUUUCGCGUACGACAAGUACAAGUGCCGGUAUCAGGAAUGCUGCACGGACGAGUACAUCCAUCCUGACUUAGACAGAUUAGAAUACAUGCUUACCGCUAAGUUAUACGGACAACAAAUUGCUCGUGAAACAAUCAUAAAUGCACUGCGGGGCCACUGGGAAACUCACAAUUCGCCCAAGGCAUUGGUAAUGAGUUUUCAUGGUACACCAGGAACUGGCAAGAACUUCGUGGUGCAGAUGAUUGCGAGAGCUUUUUAUAAAAACGGUAUGGAGAGCAAGUAUUUCCACUUUUUCAACGGCCGCAAUGAUUUUCCUCUAGAACGAAAAGUAGAUGAGUACAAGGAAGUUUUGUAUAAAAUUAUCUCCAACGGCCUGCAAGAGUGCGAGAGGUCGAUGUAUGUAUUCGACGAGGUGGACAAAAUGCCGGAGGGCCUGCUGAACAUGCUGGUUCCCUUUCUCGACUACAACAGCUAUCACAAAUCCACCAAGACAGGAGAAUCCAUGUAUCAGAACAAAGCUAUUUUUAUAUUUCUCUCGAAUACCGGCAGCACACAGAUAGUGCAGCAUCUCACGAACAUGUGGGAAAGGGGCAACAAUCGGGAGGACACGCAAUUGCAGGAUUUCGAGAAAUUGAUAGCCGACGGAGCGUUCAGUGAGAAGGGUGGUUUCUAUCACAGCGACACUAUACAGACCAGUGUGAUCGAUCAUUAUGUGCCUUUUCUACCUCUUGAGGAGGUGCACGUUAGAAAAUGCUUGGCAAGAGCCUUCACCGAGCGAGGGGUCAAUCCAAAGGAUGAUGAGAUAGAGGAGGCGCUAUCGCACCUGACCUUUGGCCCCGAGCCGCAUAAUCUGUACUCGAUGGCCGGCUGUAAGAGGAUAGAACAGAAAGUUGCCGCGAUUGUGUAUCGUAAACGAUCGGAGACCAAAACUAUUAAGUGAUUGAGAUAAUUUGAAACACUUGAAUUGUUAAUAAAAGUAAAAAUAUUGAGA